AUGUGGGCAGAGCAAGAGCGGCACCACGGCAUCAAAGUCCAGGAGGAGAAGCGCUUCAUCGAGGAGAACAACCUAGAGCUGCUACCCCGCCGAGCUCUUCUAGCCUUCCUGCUGAGGCAAUACAAGCUGAAGUACAGCAGCGUGCUGAGCCUCUACUACCUCCACAACCUCCAGCAGGUGAUCUUCGACCCAAGGAAAUUUCAGGGCGACUUGGUGUGGCAAGAGAACACGCAGCAACCGGAGGGCAAGGUGGGCGAGGUGUUCCAGGGAACGAUGAACAUCAAGGUGGAGGUAAGGAAGGAAGAAGAUGGAAGCCCUGAGCAAAUUAAAACUACGGUGACCAACCUCCCAACACUUCGCGCUCCUUCCGAUGAUCAAGCUGGAGUUCAACUACAAGACUGGCUGGCACUGGUGAGUACGUGCAUGCAAGACCUCUCAAUGAGCUCAGGAAAGUGGUGGGAGGAGGUGAUGAGCGAGGUGGCAAAGGCAUAUAUGGUUUGGUUGGCAGCCACGCCGUUGGAAAGGUUGCAAGUUAAGCCCUCUGGAGAAAGCAAGCUAACGACGGGAAAAUGGACGCGAUUGAAUGCAAGGUCGUGCACCAUGGUUCUUGGGGCAUUAGAUGAGGUGGUCAAGGAGGAUUUGGUGAGUCGGAGAGCUACAAAUAGCAUAGUCGCUAUGCUGUUUCGACUUCACACUGUGUAUCAACCUGGCGGACCUCAUGAACGGGCAAGGGUGCUACAGGCGCUCCAAGACCCUCCAGCCCCGGAGACUCUGUCGCAAGCAUUGACGUCUUUGAGGGCAUGGCCGAGAUCUAUGCAAAGGUGCAAGGACAUGGGGAUGGCGUGCCCGGAUGGAUCUGUUUUAGCGAAGGCUCUGACCACCAUCGCCGGGAAGUUUGUCAACACCAACGCGGACGCGGCUUUCAGAACCCAGGUCCUUCGUUCCUCGCUGCGCAUAGAUGGUCAACCAACUUUGGAAAAUGUCCAAAGCUACCACCAGCACUUGCAGGCGGAGGUGGAGAACCUAAUGGCGACUAUGGGAGCCAAGUGCCCCUACAGCCACGACAUGAGCUCCAUCAGCAAGGCCGAAAAGUCGAAGAAGUGUUUGACCUGUGGCGCUGAGGUCGCCGUUGAAGAGCAGGGCGCAGAGGCCAGUACCGUUCAAGGAGACCCAGUAUGGACGAUGGAAGCCUUACUUAGAGCCGCAGCGCAGGUGGUAAAGUCCACGGAGAACACCCCAGAACCUAAGGCACCAAGCAUGAAGGUGAUGAAGCUGGAAAGGCCUGGGACGUUCCGUGGAAACGAAGCUGAUGAUGUGGAGGAUGUCUACGCGCUGAUGGACUCGGGAGCAACUCACCCCCUUAGAAGAGCAUGGACCGAGGAGGAGUGGCUGGCAGCAUCUCCGGUGGUGGUGACAUUGGCUGGAGGUGAAAGUGUUUCGCUGAGGAUGAACAGCGGAGGAACUCUUCUGGUACCAGCGUCAGGAGGUCCAGGAGGGGGGCCAACUUCGCCAAUCGUUCCGCUGGGAUCCUUGGUGCAGCAACUUGGGUACACCUUGGAGUGGAGCAAUAAGAAGUGCAAGCUCAUGGGUCGAGGAGGAGACGUCCAUCACCUACGAGUUCGAAAUGGUUGUCCGGAGAUCACCGAGUGCCAGGCGUUGAACUUGAUAGCCCGCUUGGAGGAAAAGAACCUCGACACGCUGCAGGCCAACACGGAGGCCACCAGGGUGAAGAUCAGACAAGCAGCCUUGUCACUGGAGAAGACCUGGUUUGACCACCUGAUCCAGUACUGUCGUGGUGAGAGGGCCUCGGACGCUCAUCAAGCGAUUGAUGAAGCGCCCUUCUUCCAAGAAGUGCCGCUGUUAUCGAAGCAAGGCCUAUGUGAUGGGUUCCCUGAAGGAAAUGGUUGGCAAGCCCUACGUGGACUACACCACCUUAACAGGCGAGCUCGAAAGCGACUGCAUGAGUCAAACAAGUGGGUGGUUCACUUGUUUGCAGGGAAGAAGGCGAAGGAAGAGUUCAAGUACCUCGAAAAACAUGGCUAUGUGGUGCUGGAGUUGGACAUUGAGCGAGGUGCAACACAUGACGUCCUGACCAAGCGGUGUGGAGAGCAUUGGAGUGGGAGCGCGAAGGGGCAAGAUCAAGGCAGUGAUCGGAGGGCCACCUUGUCGGACCUAUUCCAUGACAUCGAGACGGUGACCCAUGACACAGCCCUGUUUGUGAAGAUGAUCUACUUGCACGCGUUAGUGGUCAGUUUUUGGCGCAGCGACCUUUGGAUGAAAUACUCACAAGAGGCUGGCUUGGACGUGUACACGCUGGAUCAAGGAGCCCUUGGCCAUCCACGACGAAAGCCGACAUCACUUGGAACAAACUUGCGGCUCCUGAGCUCGGUGGACGGUCUUUCGGCGGAGCAAUCUUUUGACCCCUGGACAAAGUCUACCAAGGAGCUGGCAGUGUGGGCCCCAGGGCUUGUUGAAGCAAUCGUCAAGGCAGUGAUUGCGCAAGGGAGUGUUCCGAGAAUGAUGGCUAUGUCUACAGAGCAAUGGCGAGAGCAUGUUCGUCAGGGGCACCUUCCUUUCAGGAGGGACUGUGUUACAUGUGUUCAAGCAGGGGCGACUGGGAGAAGGCACGCUCGAGUAGAGCACCCGGACGCGUUCGUGUUGACGGCAGAUUUGUCGGGGCCAUUGAAAGAGCAUGGUCUCGAUUCCCAUGGCCGUGGUCGGGCUCCCAAACGCCUCCCUUACCUCUUCGUGGCCAAGCUAAGGGUUCCCAAAAGCUUCGUGGACGACGGGCGUGGAGUCGGCUUGGAGUACGACCCAGCGGAGGAGGAGGAGGAGUCUGAACCAACAAACCCUGACGAUGGACUUGCGGAAGCGGAGCCAAUUUUUCUCCUGGAGCCAAAGGACGGAGGGAAGGAAGAUCUUCUUCCACCAGAGGAAGAGGAGGAGGAGGAACAAGAGCCCCAACGACCCAAAGGGGAAGAGCUACCAGAAGGUGAAGACUUGGCAGCCCCAGAAAUGGUCAACUUGAUCUUCGCAACAGGGCUUCAGGACAAUAAGAGUGCCACAGUGUUGGAAGCAGUGCAAGAUGUGGUGUACUACGUCCGCUCCUAUAACAUCCCCAUCCUACGCUUCCACUGCGACAGGUCAAUGGAGUUUUUCGCCAAGGCCUCGAGGAGGUGGAUUAAGGAGCAAGGAAUGAGAUUGACAUGCAGUGAAGGCGGUGAACAUCAGUCGAAUGGCUCGGCCGAGAACACCGUGAGGUGGGUAAAGCAAAGGGCCCGGACAGUUCUAGCAGCAUCAGGUCUACCACAAAACCUAUGGCCAUAUGCCGCUUCCUAUGUGGCGACCAAGCAAAGAUCCGCUGUCCUGGGUUUUGAAGCGAAGACGCUAGCCCCUUUUGGAGCCAAGGUGUUGGUGAAGAAGAAGUCCUACACCGGGGCAUAUCAUGGGGGAAAACUAGAUGAUCUAGCUCCUCGCUGGGAAGAAGGCCAUUACCUGGGUCUGUCGGAUGCAAUUCGGCACGGUCACUUGGUCUAUAUCCCGGAUGAGGGAGGUCGUUUUUUGCACACGCAGCAUGUUCGCCAUCACCUACAUGACCCAGGACCUCCAGAAGAUGUGCUUGAAGCAGAACCUCCCCCAGGAGCAAGGCGACGCAUUCGUGGGAAAACCAAGUUUUCAGAGGCAAGAGUGUCGCAGCUCCAAGCCAAUCCUGAAGAGGCCAAGGAGGAACUUCGUGUAGAAGCCGAAAAGCUCAUCGAGAACUGGGACAUGGAGGAGGCGGAAGAGUUCAUACUGCAAGCGUGCUCGAUUAUGCCAACGCUGGCUGCAAAGUAUGGCCUGUUUCGGUAUGGGGGCGUCAUGGGGGUAACGAGGGCCACUCAUGACAAUCCAUGGUUUGCGAAGCUGCUGGUGAAGUUGCUCCAGGAGGCAGACCCCGAUGCCGAGUUUGCAGCAGUGUACUUGGCGGUGGAUGGAGAGAAGGAGAUCCAUGCGGAUUCGCAUAACGAAGCAGGGUCUAGGAACUACAUUUACCCCUUGAGAUUGCCCCGUCGAGGAGGAGAUCUGUGGAUGGAGCUAGUGAAUGGGGACGUGGUCACCAACAAGAUCGUGGAGCUCAAGGAUAAGAAGGGGAAGUCCUAUUUUGGAACCACGUUGUCCCUCAAGGAGAGCGAAAUGAAGGCGAUCAACCCCCGAAAAAGACAUGCGGUGUUGCCUUGGAAAGGGUCUCCAGGAGAUCGAGUUACAGUCAUUGGCUACACUCCUGCAAGAGUGGGGUCACUUCAUUCCGCGGACAAGGAGUUGUUGGCAUCUUUGGGCUUCAACCCUCCUCUACUUGAAAGUCAAGACUCGAUUGCGUUGAGGAUGUUGCGGGCAAACCCAGCAACGCGGCCUGAACAAGAAGAGGGUGAAGACGCAAGUGGGGGUGAGCAAGCUGAGCGGGUGCGAACUUCAGAUGGCAUGUUGUUGUUUGUGAUGGAUUGGAAGGCCCAGAGGGCAAUGCAAGCGCCCUCGGAAGGCUCGCUAUCCAACCAAGCGAGGGCGUCUACCUGGACCGACGACACCGAGGAAGAGAUGUUCUUGGUGGUAGGAGAGGAAGAUGAGCCCCGUAUACUCAAGUUAAAGCCCACCACGUCGCAGGGCGAGGAUUCGCUGGCAGUGUUCAAGGCGGAAGUGGCUUAUACGCGCAACAUUGAAGCGUUGUUGGAGUCCCUCACCGAGCCAAUUGCUGUGGUGCACACGGUACAUCCGGCUGAGGCAUUGGAGCAGCUGGAAAAGUGGAUACCCGCGAUCAAGAAGGAGCUGGGUGCAAUUGAGCACGCGGUCGUCCGCCUCAAGAAGGGCAGCCUGGAACGAGAGCAGUGGUUGGGCCGAAGCGGUGUGCAGCUGCUACCGAUGAAGCUCGUCUACACAAUAAAGCCUCCGGAUCAGGCACCGACCGUCAACGGGGACCAACUGUGUAAGCGAAAAGCCCGUGCUGUUAUUUGCGGCAACCUGGCGGACCCUUCUGACUUGGAAGUGUACACUGGAGCGGCGCCUGCGGAGGUGGUACGUGCAGCAUUGACAUUAGCCAGCCGUUUUGGUUGGUCGGCAGCUGUGCUGGAUAUAAUAUCGGCUUUCCUACAAACCCCGCUGAGCGAGGUUCCUUCGGCGCCGGUGGUGGUGGCAAUUCCGCCAAAGGCACUGGUCAAGGCACAGCUGGCUGAUGAGGAUGAGCUUUGGGGAAUAACCCAUGCGGUUUACGGACUUCGUGAAUCGCCACGCCUAUGGGGUUUCUUCAGAGAUGGUGAGAUGAAAAAACUGAAAACCCUGCUGGGUGAUCAAGAAAUCGUUUUGGUGCAGGGGCAGAUUGAGCCUACGUGGUGGUCUAUCCGGGUGGCUGGAGAGUGGAAAGGAAUCUUGGUGAUCUACGUCGACGACUACCUGAUUCUCUCCACGCCCAACAUUAUCAAGGCCGUGUCUGCAGCAGUACAGCAAAUAUGGAAGACGUCAGCGCUGCAGUUUGCCAUGAGCGGAGCUCCUAUAAGAUUCCUGGGAAUGGAAAUCCACGUCACGGCCCGGGGGUUCGCAAUCUCGCAAAGCUCGUACAUCCAGGAGCUGCUGAGGGUGCACAACGUGGAGCCACAGCGGCGCGACGUCGUUCCAGUCAGUCGCGAAACAGCAAGCUUCGAGGCCACGCUGGAAGAAGGAGACUAUACCCCACAUGAAUUACGACAAGCCCAACAAUGUGCUGGAGAAGUCCUUUGGGUGAGCCAGAGAUCCAGGCCAGACCUGGGAUUUACAGCGUCGCUGCUAUCUUCCCUCACCACCCGGGCUCCAAGACGGGUAUGUGAAGUGGCAGCAAAGGUAAGAGGAUACCUACAAAGGACAAUCGACUUCCUCCUGUACAUCGAGGCUGAUUCCACACAGCUGGUUGGAUAUGCUGACAGUUCGUUUGCACCCUCUGGGGAAAGGUCACAUUCUGGUUGGGUUACCAUGCUCCAUGGAGUCCCAAUCAGUUGGCGGUCGUCGAGACAAACAACGACGUCGCUAUCAACCGGUGAAGCAGAGCUCAACGCGGCAUCGGAGGGAGCACUGGCAUUGUUGAGCACGCAGGCCUUGCUGCAUGACGUCCUACAGGAGCCAUUGGGGCUCCAAUUGGAGUCAGACUCGACCACCGCGCUCUCGCUGGUGGAGGGGUCUGGAUCGUGGCGUACCAGACAUCUUCGUAUAAAAGCGAACUGGCUGUAUGAGAAGGUGAAGGACGGCCAGAUUGUGAUGACCCACUGCAAAGGUGUGUGCCAACCUGCAGAUAUUUUAACGAAAGCUAUGGCUUCCCCGAGAAUGCUGCAACUUAUGGAGCUGUGGAACAUUCGCCCCCGACCAGAACAACCUCUUGAAAGCGAUGAGGCCUCCGAAGGCAGAUCCACCCCAAGCAUGUCGAGGGUUCUGCUGGCAUUGAUGAUUUUGGCUCAGUCUGUGGUUCCUGGAGAAAGUUCCCGCGAAGUGGAAGGACAGGAGCUGAUGUUGCCAGUGGAGCCAUUGAAGGCCACAGCAGAGGCUAUCAAUGAGGAGUUCGCUCGUUUGUCCAGAGAGCCAGAUGCUGAGCCCGCACCAGCCAUAAGGAUUGAGAGGUCAACGCAGACGGCAGCACCGGCCUUGUGGGCGUAUGUGGUGCCUGGAAGGCCAACCUUCCACAUCUUCGAGCGGUGCUGGUGA